AUGGCCGAAGGACCUGAUCCAGUUGUUGCUGAUCUCGAGCAAGAGGUGACCUGUGGCAUCUGUCAUGACCGCUACCAGGAGCCAAAGCUGCUCCCUUGUUGUCACUACUACUGCAAGCAAUGCAUCCUCACACUCUCCAGUCGCUACCCACCCAACCAGCCGUUCCCCUGCCCCGACUGUCGUGAGCCCACUCUAUUGCCAGACAACAACCCAGACAGACUGACCACUGCGUUCUUCAUCAACCGGAUGAAAGCACUCCACUCGAGGAUGGAGAAAGCCCACGGCAAGUUGGAGACAACCUGUGAAAUGUGCCCUGGGGGAAAGGCCACUGCAUUCUGCCGACAGUGUGUCCAGUUUAUGUGUGAAAAAUGUGUAGAAUCUCAUCAACGUAUGAAAAUGUUUGCUACACAUAUCGUCUCCACUCUGGAAGAGCUCAAACAGGGCGGAGUCAAAGAACUAACAUUCGAAAACCCACCACCCCCAAAAUGCGAGGAUCAUGAGGAGCCAAAAAAGAUUUUCUGUUUUGAUUGCAACAAGCUCAUCUGUCGAGACUGUAUCGUUAUUGAACACGCUGGACACAAUUACGAAUUUGUAAAGAAAGCCGCCCCCACAACUCGCAAAAAGCUGACGGAGCACCUCUCCCCACUCAAGAACCUACUGCCUGAUCUGAGCACCGCUGUGAAUCAAGUGAAAGGAACCAAACAGAAUAUCCAGGCCCAGAAAGAACUGAUAGAGAGACAAGUCAAUACCAAGUUUCAGGAGCUACACGAUAUUCUCGAUCAAUGCAAGAUCCGUGUUUUACGAGAAUCUUCUGCUUUGGCUGAUUCAAAGAUGGAGAAGCUGACAGUUCAAGAGAAGGGUCUGGACCUGUCCCUGGGCACUGCUCAGAGUUUGAUUGACUUUGUAGAGCGUACGCUGGAGAAUGCAAGUGAUGAAGAACUGAUUACGAUGCAAGAGCAGGUGGUGAGUCGAAUCGAUGCCGAGGUGGUGAAGCGAGGGAAGGAAGCAGCCAAUCCUGAUCCAGUGGAGAAAGAUGAUUUUGGAAUUGAAGUGUUUGUUUGUGAGGAUCUCAAGAAGUUGUGUGAGAACAAUGUUAUUGUGUGUGAAGGAAAGCCGAUUGUGAAAGGAGACGGUAUCAAAACAGCUGAAGUUGACAAAUGUGCAAGUCUGAAUGUCUAUAUCAGUUCAAAACAAGGCAAACCACAAGCAGUACUGAAAUCGCUAGUUGAUCAAUCGACCCAACAAUUGCAAGCAGUGCCUUUGAUGGGUGGAGUGUACAGCGUUGAGUACACCCCUAGGGUACGUGGUCGACACCACCUCCUGAUCUCAGUGGACGACCAGCCCAUACCAGGAAGCCCCUUCUCUGUGUUCGUAAAAAUACCCCCCACCAAGCUGGACAAACCAGUGAAGCAGAUAAAAGGAAUCAACAUCCCUGUGUAUAUGGCAUUCAACUCAUCAGAAGAACUGAUUGUAACUGACUUUCUUGGUGAUGUUUUGGUGUUUGACAAAAAAGGAGAACAAAUUCAAAGUAUCAGCAAAUCAAAGCAUGGGUUUGUCGGUAUCUCUGGUGUGGCAGUAGACAAGGAGGACAACAUCUAUUUCUGUGACAACAACAAACACUGUGUGUACAAGUUCAACAAAAGAGGAGAUCUGCUGAAGAGGUUUGGGACAGAAGGAAAUGGUCCAAAGGAACUCUACUACCCUCGAGGGAUAGCAGUCGCUGGUGAUCAAGUGUUUGUGUGCGAUAAGAACAAUCGCAGAGUCCAAGUGUUGACGACAGAGUUGGAGCCAGUCAAGCAGAUUGGUUCAUACGGAACUGGUAAUGGACAUUUUAACGAACCAGAGGAUGUUGCAGUGGACAAUGAACAAAUGAUGUAUGUCAUUGACUGUUAUAAUCAUCGUGUUCAAAUGCUCACUAUGGAUGGUCGGUUUAUUCGCUCGAUUGGAAAGAAAGGAAAUGGACAAGGAGAUUUGUAUGGCCCUCGCGGUGUGUGUGUCACUGGUUUUGUUUAUGUUGCUGACGAUGCUAACAAGCGUGUGUCAGUGUUCACUAAAGACGGUCAGUUUGUCACAUCAUUUGGUAAUGGUCAUAUCACUGAUCUUUAUGGAGUAGCUGUGGACAGUGAUGGUUUUGUGUAUGUGCGCAGUGCCGGAUCUGUUGUUAUCUUUUAGUGUAUUAUUAUUUUGUGUGUGUGGGCAGUAAAUGGAAAAUCUGUGUUUUGGUUGAGGAACUCUUGGUGUUAUAAUUAUCUUGACUUUUGAUUGAGAAACAGUUAGCUCUACUGACAAUCUUUACUCGCCCAAAAAAAGCUGCCUAAUUUGGGAAAGAUCGUUUGUGAUUGUGUUAUGAGGAUCUUUACCAUCUCAUUUUAGCUAAUUUACAAGACAAGGCACACUCUAUAGCUAGCUCUCAGCUCUGUAUCUGAAGUUUCAUCAGUUGCAUGGACCCAUUAUACAACUACAGAGAGAGCAGAGCCACUGCUUGCGAGACUCCACUAUCAAUCAGAUCUCAAUAACCUCACUAAAAGUGACAAUCUCAAUAAACAAGAUGAAGUACCCAAGGCCCACUGAUGGCCGGCCAAGCUCUGAAGAUGUGACAUUUGACCUCUACACGGCCCAGUCCCUAGUUUGUAAGCUCAACAACCAGGUGAUGAUGUCUCAAGCAUUAGCAGCAGAAGCCACGUUCAUUACACAGCAAGCUACAUUUGAGGUACAAGAGCAGCCCCUCCCCCCAGAGGAUGAAGCCAGAGAAAUGCAAGUCCCCCUGAAAAUAUUACGAUAGAAACUAUUGUAUCACAAAACACCACACGACAGCAAAGUGAUGAAGUCAUAGCAACACAAGACAACUCUCUACAGUAUUUGGCCGAAUAUAUGGUUGGAACACCACUAUAGACAAAUCUUCACCAAAAGAGCCUACAAUGGAUACACUAUUAUUGUCUGACACAAGGAGACCAAUUGUCAACAAUGUUAUUGCAAGUACUGCAGGUGAACAGUCCUGACCGUGUCUGGAUACAGCUGGCUGAGUACCCAGAGCAUGACCUGGAGGCGCUAUCAAUUGCCGUGACCACCAGUGACUGUGAGCAGA